AGAGAACGAACGAAAAUCACACAAACAUGAUAAAAUGGAAAUAGACUUCCUAACCACAAGUUCCUGGAAAUAAAUAACUAACAAUAUCUUUCUAGCUUCUCACUACUACGUUUGAUCCAUAUUCUCCUUGAUCAAAUAAAAAUCUUUCUUAAAUUCCUAUGUAUAUAUAUGAAGCAACAGUUAGCUCCUGUAUUUACUAGAUCAAGUUAACGCUUCAUUUACUCUGGUCUAGCAAGAUGACAUGGACAUCUCCAGAAGAAGCCAUGCCUUGGGUGGGAUUGUAUAUUUGUGCAGCUUCUCUGGUUUGCACUCUAGCAAUGGCAGCCGAUGUCUACCGAGGCUUUCGACAACGGAAGCUCUGGUUUCCAUGCAGAUUUUUCACCAUCAAUUCUGCUUCCGUUACACUGAUAGCAAUAUCAACAAAGCUACCAGUGGAUCUGAGCGCCGACAUGUCUGAUGACUUUCAGGAGAUUCUAGCAAAGAGUGUCAGCAUCAUUUUCUUGUUCACCAUGUUAGCCAACUUUCUCCCAUCUUUAGGGCUUAUGAAUGACAAGGAACUUCUGCUGAAUACGGUGGCCUUGUGUAUCCUCUUAUACACCAUUAAUUAG